CUUUGGACAUUCGAAGCGUUCGCAUCUAGCAUAGAAGUACCAUCGCUAAACCUCGUUCCUCAAGCAACGCAAGAAACAUGUGUGACGACGAUAUCUGCCCCCUUGUGGUUGACAAUGGCUCCGGCAUGUGCAAGGCUGGCUUCGCCGGAGACGACGCCCCUCGUGCCGUCUUCCCCUCCAUCGUCGGCCGCCCCCGUCACCAGGGUGUGAUGGUCGGCAUGGGUCAGAAGGACGCCUACGUCGGUGAUGAGGCCCAGAGCAAGAGAGGUAUCCUGACUCUCAAGUACCCCAUCGAGCACGGAAUCAUCACCAACUGGGACGACAUGGAGAAGAUCUGGCAUCACACUUUCUACAACGAACUCCGUGUUGCUCCUGAGGAAUCUCCCGUCCUCCUCACUGAAGCUCCCCUCAACCCCAAGGCCAACCGCGAGAAGAUGACCCAGAUCAUGUUUGAGACCUUCAGUACUCCAGCCACAUACGUUGCCAUUCAGGCUGUGUUAUCACUGUAUGCCUCCGGUCGUACUACAGGUAUCGUCCUCGACUCUGGCGAUGGCGUGUCUCACACUGUCCCUAUCUACGAAGGUUAUGCUCUUCCUCACGCCAUCAUGCGUCUCGACUUGGCCGGCCGUGAUUUAACUGACUAUCUGAUGAAGAUCAUGACUGAGCGUGGUUACUCCUUUACCACCACCGCUGAGCGUGAGAUCAUUCGUGAUAUAAAAGAAAAGCUUUGCUAUAUUGCCCUUGAUUUCGAAAAUGAAAUGGCCCAGGCUGCAGCGUCUAGUUCCUUGGAUAAAUCCUAUGAACUUCCCGAUGGUCAGGUCAUCACCAUCGGCAAUGAACGAUUCCGUGCCCCCGAGGCUCUGUUCCAGCCUUCCUUCCUUGGUAUGGAAUCCUCUGGCAUCCAUGAAACUGUCUACACAUCUAUUAUGAAGUGCGACGUCGACAUCAGGAAGGACCUGUAUGCCAACACCGUCAUGUCUGGAGGUACCACCAUGUACCCUGGUAUCGCCGAUCGCAUGCAGAAGGAGAUCACAUGCCUGGCUCCUUCCACAAUUAAAAUUAAGAUCAUUGCUCCUCCCGAGCGCAAAUACUCCGUUUGGAUCGGCGGUUCUAUCCUCGCCUCAUUGUCCACCUUCCAGGCCAUGUGGAUUUCAAAGGAAGAGUACGACGAGUCUGGCCCUGGAAUCGUCCACCGCAAGUGCUUUUAGAUUAUUUAUAUUUUUCGUUUUAUAUUCAUUCACUAUAAAUGGCGACGUGCAGAAAUACAUUAGAUGCAUAACAUUGUGGAAAAUAUGCUAUAGAUAUCGACAAUUUUGAAAUAAUAUGAGGAAAGAAUUGGAAAGAUAUACCCAUAUCUACCGUUUAUUAUAUAGCUAUGCAAAAGAAAUUUUAUCCAUAAAAGUAAAUGUUUCAGUGAAAAUAUUAUCCUGUGUAGGGUGCAUUUCACAGCUGAACGAAAGCAAAAUCCCCAAAGCAUGACAUGGAAAUUAUAAAAUAUUUUCACUGAUGGUGUAAGUUUCGUGGCACAUAAGAUCAAUAAUUGUUUAAUCAGUCAACUAUCGAUAUAUUCUCUUCGUGAUUACAGUAACCUCUCAUCAAAUUUUAUAUUGGUAUCUUUUUCAAUAGGCUCAUUCCAACUGCAAUGAUGUAAUGCAGUUCCUUAUCAGGUUAUCAGUUCGGUUUACUAAAACUUACCUAUCAUUUCUCUGUUUCUCUCUGUCUACCUGUCUAACUUAGUCUGUUUGCCUCUCUCUCUCUCUCUCUCUCUCUCUCUCUCUCUCUUCU